AGAGAGAAAUAAAACAUGGCUUUCACGCUUACGCUUCACCUGACUUCCAAAUGUAUAUUUUCAUGUGUAACACAUUACACUUGUGCGUUUUCGUUUCAGAAACCAGUCUCUGCUUGUUAUACAUAUGCAAUGGAUCUCAGGUUCCAAUUCUCAAACGUGAUUUCUGUACUUACCUUCCUCCUGAGGCUAGGAACGAGGACUUGAUCAGGAUUUGACAAACACUUGACAUAGACGAAAUCAUGGUUUUCGAUCUCCUUACUUUGGAAGCCAGGUAUCUUGAUUCUUGCAAGAGACAAGGCAUGGAACCCAAUUCUACAAUUCUUUGUUGCUUCAUUAAGGCCAAGCUUCAAAAAUCUCGUCAAGAGCCAUGUUGCCUUGAGGUUUUCUUGGACCAGCUGAAAGAUGCUGAUUUUCCUCUGCUUAUUGAAGUGUUCUCAACUAUUGACUUCUCUGAAAUUGACGCAGUAGACAUACUCCAUGAAUCCCCUUGUGUCUUGAAUGGAGAAUCUGUCUUGUCUUUGAUCCGUACAAUCAGUCAAAAACUACGGGUUGUUGAUCUUCAGGAUUUGUCAUUUGGGAAGGACUUCUUGCGGGAUCUUUGCAGGAGAGGUUUGACUUGUCAAGUCUUGAACUUGAAGUCUUCCCAUAUCCGGAAACUCAACAUGAUUGGAAAUUUUAUGCAGUUACAUACCCUUAAUCUGGAUUUUAGUACUUCACUCAGUAGUUUCCGGGAAAAUUGUUUUACCUGUAUGCCAAAUCUGAUGCGUCUUUCGAUGUGUGAAACAAGAGCUGCUAAUCUCUGGACAACUAGUGCUGCACUAGCAAAACUCCCAUCUUUGGUGGAACUCCGCUUUCAAAAUUGUUUAUGUUGCAAUGACACUGGGCCAUGUCCUACAUCAUCCAGUGAGAAAGUAAACAUUUUUGCCUGUGACAAAACAGGUUUUCCUUAUUUGAACAGUGGUGAUUAUGUUGGAGCUGGAGAACCAUGCAUUAGUAGUGGGGCUGAUUUUGGCAUAGUUGACAGUUUUAGGAACUUCUUUUCUUUAAAUGAUCUGAUUAUGACUCGUGAGAGCACAACUGAGGAAUCAUCAGAUGACAGUGAGCUGGACUUUUCAACUCAUCAGCAGAGAAUACGCUUGGUGGAGCGAUUGUCUAGUGUUCUCCCUGCAUUGCACGGACAGACCAAUCUGGAAAAUGAGGUUUCAUUUGGUGCUCUGUUGACUGAAGAGGAAGAAGAGUCUUCUGUAGAUGCCCUUAAUUUGAGGUGCAGAUCAGGUGCUGCUGAUGUUGCCCUAAAGAAGUAUAUUUCACAUCAUCCGUCACCAAUUUGCUUUGAAAAGCAUUACAGAGAGUACAUAAUUACUUCACUAUCCCGUUUGAGAGUAUUAGACAAUUUGCCCAUUAAAGACACAGACAGGGCAGCGGCCAAGAUAAUAUUUUCCAGAUACUACGAGUUUUUACCCUACAACCGACAGUAUAAAGAGAGUGUAGUUAGUAUCUUGCAGAAGCGUGAAAUGGGACCAGGUGCCCCUCGGUUGCAAACAUCUCCCUCAUCAAAGCAACAGUAUCCUUCUGCAAAGAGUCAAUAUUUCUUUUCCAGGUCAAUUUGUGCUGCUAAAGUCGGUUCUUCGACUUGGCCACUUCUGUAUCCACUCUCUAAGUUCAGCAGCACCUCUGGAGAAGAAAAUAAUAGUCUUCGUCCACGACAAUUUGAGUAUCAUCCAUCUGACUCCAGUCUCAUGGUUUUUGGAACUUUGGAUGGUGAACUGGUUGUUAUCAACCAUGAGAAUGGGAAACUUGUUCGUUAUCACCCAUCCAGAGGAUCAUUGAGCAGCAUCUUAGGGCUAUGUUGGCUAAAAAGUUAUCCUUCCAAGCUUAUUGUUGGCUCUGAUAAUGGUUCCUUGCAUUUGUACGAUGUCCGGAAAAUGCCUUCGAUGGUUACAGACAGAUACUGCAGUGUGGAUACUGUUACCUUCGAUUAUUUUGAACAAUUGACGUCUGUUCAUGUCAAUUCAACGGAUGAACAUUUUCUCGCAAGUGGGUACUCUAAAAAUGUGGCUCUGUAUGAUAUUGCCAGUGGAAAACGCUUACAGAUAUUCACUGAUAUGCACCAAGAGAAUAUCAAUGUUGUUAAGUUUUCCCACCAUUCCCCCUCGAUAUUUGCUACUUCAUCAUUUGAUCAAUAUAUAAAGAUGUGGGACUUGAGGCAAAAACCACUAAAACCUUGCUAUGCGGCUUCGAGCUCAAGAGGAAAUGUGAUGGUGUGCUUUUCUCCUGAUGACCACUAUUUGCUUGCUUCAGCUGUUGAUAAUGAGGUUAGACAACUUUUGGCAGUGGAUGGAAGGCUGCACAUGAAAUUUGAGAUAGCAUCAACUGGAAGUACUCAGAAUUAUACUCGUUCAUAUUACAUGAAUGGAAGGGACUACAUUAUCAGUGGGAGUAGUGACGAACAUGUUGUCCGUGUUUGCUGUGCUCAAACUGGAAGAAGGCUUAGGGAUAUUUCCUUGGAGGGUAGAGGGUCGGCAAAUUCUAUGUUUGUGCAGUCUUUGAGGGGUGAUCCUUUCAGGGCUUUCAACAUGAGUGUCCUUGCAGUCCCUAUGCGUUCCAUCUCAAAGUCUGAGAUUAUUAAGGUCAACUUGCUAGCAUCCAAUGACUACGCCAAAGAGUACUCUGCUGCUGGUCACCAUUCUCAUCCUUCCUACAGCAUGGGAGGUUGACUUUUCUAUCUCGACUUUCAUGUAUGUAGAUAAGGGGAAUGAUUUGUGCAGAAAGUUUCUGGAGGAUUAAGGUAAUCGUGUUUACAAUGUAAGGUUGAUCAGAUGGAUUCAUGUACAUAUUUCAUAUCGUUGAGUUCAC